AUGGCUAACGUGGACGUCAAUUUCGUGGAAAGCUUUAGGCAUCAACUUGGUGAAAGAGAUGGUAUCUUGUCUUAUGAGGAGGCAAUCGUGCAAGUGUCUGGGCAACGGCUGCUCGGACCUCAACAAAAGCCGCUCAAAAGCAACCGGCCGAAGGGUGAUGUGUGCCUGAUCGACUUACCCAUCAGGGACCUACAUUCACAUGGUGGCAAACUUGAACAGUUUGUGGACAUUAUCCAAAAUCAUCCUGUCGAGGGAGAGAUUAGCAUCAAUGCCGACUUCCUUGACAAUCUCUUGUACAAGCAUGCUGUCCAAGCCAAAUACUCAGCUCUUCCCAAACCAUUCUGCUUGAAGGCAGAGCCCAAAGUUCCAUAUAGCAUGCAGUUUGUCAUCGUGCCGUCCUAUCUUCCUCCUGAUGAAGAUCAUGCCUAUGUCGACAUCUUCAAGCACGUUUACCUUCACAAGAACAAGAUCCUCAGCAGUGAAUGCAUCUCCUGUUGUCACGGAAUUCCUGUUCGCUUUGACUGGGGCUCUCAGGUUCGUCUCGGCCUCACAGGUAUGAACUGCAUGCUGGAUCGCGUCGGAGGCAUGCAGGUGCGAUUGUGGACAAUUCAGCCCAAGUUCGAAAAGAAGGUGACUUUAGAUCAGACUGCUCGUGAGGCAGGGUAUCAUGUCAUUCGAGACCAUGGUCCGCGCUCCAACAACAGGAAUCAGUUCAUGGAGUGGACCGAUGAGCAGGUUCAUCUUGCCGGUGGCCCCUUGGAAGGAUGGCAUGAAGGAAAGGUCAAGGAAGCUCUGCACAAUUACUAUUGCGGGCGGCAAAAUGCCAAAACUUUAGAGUAUUGGCCCCUGACCUUGAAGAGUUUCAGUGCAUGGUUCCUAGAUGAUGUGAUUGUGCACAUGCUACCCUCCAUGCGACAGCACUCAAUCACUUGGAUUGGACGCACCCGCGUCGGCAAGUCGGUUGGUUCCAAAACAAUCCUCUUCGCACAGUCCCGCUUUGAGAUCACUGAAGCAGACCGAACUGACUUGACCCCAUCCAUCGUGACGGCCAAACAUUUGGAUUUCUUCAAAGCCGAACCCAUUACGAAAUUCAAACCAGGUGUCUUCGACGAUGGCAUGUUGCAGCGCAUGGACAGCAGCUUUCUCAAAGCCUUCUUGAAUCCAUCGGCUUCUUGGCUUCCAAUGGAAGAGGAUGCGACUGUGUGGGCUCGCUAUUCAUCUGCUCAGUUUGAUCAAGGAGCUGGACGUCACGCUUGCAACAAUCCGUACAAUGAUGUGGUCGAGGAACAGCUUUUCCAAGAGAUGCAGAAGAAAGGGGCCAGCAGCAUUUCUCAUAAGGAUUUCCUCGACAUCAUCGCUCCUUCCUUCACCGCCGUCGAAGACAAAGAGGACAUGGCCGCAAUCCUGGCGCGGACCCAUGUCAUUCUCCUCACAGAGAACGGAGUAUAUCACUGCGUCUCCAACACGCAGAAGGUGGAUGUGCCAUUCAUCCAAUGGCCUGAGGCCUCCAUCAAAGAUAUCUUGGCUGCAGAGCACAAGCCGAUCUUCAAGGCAUACAGACAAAAUCCUUCUGGACAUUCUUUGCCCGAGAACUAUCAUGCUGAUGCCAUUUGGUCCCAAGAACUACUUCGCAAGCUAUUGAAUGGUGAAUCAGUGCCACGAACUAUUUCGAUUCGGAUGGGCAACCUGUUCUCCGCAGAAGUCUCGGAAGUACAGCAAGCACCACGUUUACUGCCUGCGUCCGAGAUGGCCACCAAAGUGAAGAAAGAACGUGAGGUGAACUUCUUCAAAAACCUCAAGCGCUCAAACUUUGGCAUCAUUGACCUCGACAGCCCCUCGCCUCCAAAGCGGGUCCGUUCGACAUCGGCCCCUUCAGUCCCCAACCCAGACGAUCUGCCCGGGAUGUCCGUGGAGAACGAAUUUCCUGAAGUUGAAGAGACAGAUGAAUUCAAGAUUGAACCUGAAAAGAUGGUAGAGUUGGAGAUGAUGGAAGAUGCCGAUGCCUUUUACAACGCAGAGAAGUGA